AUGACAUCGAUCAGGAAUUUGGAAGAGGAGCUUCAAAGUUUAAAGUCAUCGUAUGAACAAGACAUACAUAGAUUAGAAGAGCUUAUAAGUGAAGCUGGAAGCAGACACAAUACAUCUUAUUCAUCUUCGUAUUUAGAGUUCAUGCAAAGACGACAGACGCAGAAACCUGACUUCGUCGACAACGAAAUCACACCACCAUUAUUCAGUGAAUCAUCUCUGAGCAAUAUUCAGAAUGGACAGAGGAAUACACCGAGACGAAGUGUUUCCUUUGAGGACACAGAAACAAAUGAUGAUACAUCAAAUUCCAGACAGGCAAGUGCUUAUUAUACCAAUGACAGAACAUCAUUGAUUGGACAACAUGGUUCAGUGCACUCCGGUUUAAGUAGCCCAGAUGUAAGAGAAAAUGAAACUGAAAUGAACAAUUUUGUUCAACCAAGACUACAGACAAAAUGGACAUCGACUCCCGCUGGAACGGUACCAGCCACAGCAUGUUCAGAUUUAGGUUCUCAGAAUGCUUAUGCAGUUAAAGAUCGUCGACCCUAUCAAGACUAUGACAGAAGAAUUGACCAACCACAAUACAACUAUGGAAGAAAACCCAUUAGAGGAUGGGCCUGUAAAAGAUUUAAAUAUCUCAUGGAUACCGGACAGGAAGCACAGAGAAUAAGGAAAUGGCAAUAUUUCGAAAUGAUGAGCUUCCUUGACCCCUUCUCAAAAUACCAACUAGCAUUUGCAUUUGUGUUCAGCAGAUACAGACAAAUUGUUUUAGCUAGGUGA